AGUUGCGUGAGAACAAGAUGAUCAGAGUACUAGUUGGACUUCUGAUGCAAUACUCCAGCGGAAGCGUCAAACCAGCAGCAGCAGGACGGUAGCGCUUCGCCUGUGUUGCCUGGUUACGAACGCGGAGGGUGGCGCAUCGAGCGGUCGCGUCAGACUGGAACUGUCUGUGGGAGGCGGACAUGUUGGCUCCACUCCUGUUAUGUCACCAGGGAAUGACCUUCCGUCCGCUUGAGCCCGAAUGUCGCCGGUUUCGUUGAGGCUGCCGAAGAAGCGCUAGACGUGAAAACGGCGCCAUUUCUGUCGGCGUCCAUGACAGGCGCUGUUGCCGCAGUGGAUUCCAGAGCUCGAAGCUCGGAACGGCAGCGGGAGAGAACCAGCCGCUCCCCUUUCGCUGCUUCUCUCCACUUCAGGCCACGGCAGGUUGUGCCAGUGGAGUAAAGUGCUGUUCCAAAAUGGACUCGUCUGACUGAGUGUUUUGUGUUUUGCUCAGCAGCUGAGAUCUUUCUGCAGCAUAAGCCAUGCCUCAYGAGUAAAAUCCCUUUUUUGUUGCUUAAAGCAAUUUAAAAAAACCACCCUCCUACAUGCCUCCCCAUGUAGAACCCCUUCAGCGCAUCCUUCUGGAGUGACAGCCCCCUCAUCCAGAUAGGUCCUGCCUCAUCCUCUCGCUGUUUGCUCCUCCACCCACCACCCUACAGUAACUACCUGUCACCAUGCCGCUCUGCCUGAGAAUGGCCAACACCUGAGCUCCCAUGCGUCCAGUGAGCACCGAUUCAGACGGUCCCGCUCCUCCUGAGAACCUCUCUUGCCCCUACCCCCUCGCGGGGCCCCUGCCUGCCUCAGAGAUGUCCCUCCUCCAGUCGCUYGGGCCGGUGCAAAGCUGGCUCGGCCAGGAGCUUGAGAAGUGUGGGAUCGAUGCCAUGAUCUACACACGCUACGUUCUCAGCCUUCUCCUGCAUGACAGCUACGACUAUGACCUGCAGGACCAGGAAAACGACAUCUUCCUGGGMUGGGAGAAGGGAACUGGGAAGAAAUGGGGCAAGAGCAAGAAGAAAGGAGGGACCGACCUGAGUCUAGAGGAAAUGAAGAAGCAAGCCGCAGUGCAAUGCCUCCGUUCUGCAUCUGAUGAAAACUCUGGAAUUGAGAGCCUGGUUGAAGAGCUUUGCUCCAAACUUAAGGACAUCCAGAACAAACAGAAAGAAGACAAGUGCAUUCAGAAGAAAUCAGAUGGCUCUCAGUCACCAGAGCGAGCUGAUUCUCCCUCUUCAAAGGAUCAGGUGGAAAUGUAUUAUGAAGCCUUUCCUCCUUUGUCUGAGAAACCUGUUUGUCUCCAAGAGAUCAUGACGGUGUGGAACAAGGCAAAGGCCUGCGCUUACUCCAGUUCAUCAUCCUCUGCAGCCCCUCAAACCAGCACAGACACAUCCUCCCCCAAAGACUGCAACAGUGAAGGCGAAGCUACAAAGGAGCGAAACCUGGAGUCGUGCUGCACCAUCGCUACUGUGACCAGCGACAGAUGCCAGCAACGACGAAACAAGAAGGAGAAAGAGAACCGAUACCACAGUGGUGCCGCUGAAGAGGUGAAACCUACUGGUCUCACGAAGAGACAGACUAGACACAGAUCUGAGGGCAAAUAUCGACCCAGAUCCUGGUCUUCUGGCUCUAGUGAGGCAGGUUCGAGCUCAAGUGGGAACCAGGGUGACUCCAAGUCAUCCAGAAGCAAAACAGUUAGAGUGAGGCACAAAUCCAGGGAGGCUGGCAAAACGAAGAGAACACGCAACAGCGGGCAGGUGAAGCUGCAGAUGAAGCUCAUUGAUAAAGAGGAGAGAAGAAACACAGGAGGGAGUGGGAGCAGCACAGCUGGCAGCGCUGCCAAACAACCACAGCUUUACAAGAAGGGGAAGCGACCGCUGAAGGAGAUUCAUAAAGAUCCAGGCUGGGCGGAAGCAAGAGAGUCCAGGGUUGAGGCCAGAAACAAAGAGUACAUGGAGGAGCCGCUUUGGUACACUGAACCCAUCACAGAGUACUUUGUACCUUUCAGCAGCUGUCAAAGCAAGCUUGAAACAAAGUAUCGAAGCAAGGUCGGCUCUCCGGAUGGCUUUGGUUUGUCUGCGGAGAGGGAGAGGCUGCCAGAACAAAUCCAGGGAAUCUGCAUUACCAAUGAGAACCACCAGAGAGCCUAUUUAGCGGCAGGCUCGUUUGUGGAUGGGCACUUUGUGGAGGGGCCCGGCGAAGCAUACGAUGAAACUGCUGACCUCACUGGAACUUCAGGCUGCCCUCAGCCAGAGGAUAGUAGAGAUUUAGAUGACAAGCAUCUGUCCGAAUUUACUCACUUCUAUGAAGUUGAUAUUUAUCAAUCCAUAUUGGAUACUAGUGCCUCAGACACGAAACAAGAGAGUCGAAUCUUAAGCAUGAUUCGGCAGAAAAGCAAAGAGCAAGCAGACAACGAGGCAGAAUGUUGUUUAGUCUUAGAUGGCCUUGAGCAGCAAGGGGAAAGUGCAAUACGGGCAGACUCGCAGGAAGCUUCAGGAUCCGUUGGGUUUUUAAUGGAGGAUCUUGAAAACAUGGUUCAGAUGUGGGGAUACUAUUCACCAUCCACUUCCGAAGAUAUUGAUGGAGAAAGCUUCAUAGCGGACUCUCCCGUUCGGCUCUCCCCUCUUCUGGAUAGUGUUUCUCUGACCCUAAGUAAGCUACGUAAAAAUCCGGAAGAGCCACCUGCUCCUGAAGCUACCAGUGAGCCAUCUGGUUUAAACUCAUCCUGCUUCUCCAUUUUCGAGCUGCAGUAUGAAAGCCCCACUUUUCCCUUCCCCCAAGACUCACUCACCGUUGGUCACGAAAACAACACGGACUCUAGUAGCUGUCUCGACCCGCAUUCAAAUAAACAGUCACGUUUGCUAAUAUGGACCAAAAAUAGUGCCUUUGACGAAACUGAACACUGUUCCAACCUAUCAACACGAACUUGCAGCCCAUGGUCCCAUUCGGAGGAGACUCGGUCAGACAACGAGCUGGGAAACGCACCGGCAGAGGACGCUGCUCAAAUUWGCAACGAAGAGACAGAUUGUGUUAUCCCUCCUCUCUCCGGUACAUAUCUGGAAGAUGAAAUCUUAGAGUUUUUACAAGAGAACUCUGGCAAACAAUCUGAGAAGGUCAGCGUUGGCACAGUGUCCAGUCAGACCUUCACCAAAAAAUCUAAAUUGGAGUCCGUCUGUGGCAUAGCACUGGAAGAGGAUGAGAGUAAACGGUACAGCACUGGCAUGUUUUCGGACAACACAAACCAACAGAGUGAUGAUUACAGCUCAGGGAUAAUAAAAGACAUUUGGACUGCAAUUGGAGAUGGUAAUUCUGCCGUGUCUCAGCACGGAGCAGAAAAAUCAAACAAGGGGCUUUUUUCAGAUGAGCCGGGCGCUUAUUGUUGCAACUGUCUAGAGGUCCAGACAAAAGGAGUUCCAGUUCAGGGACCCGAGAAAAAAGCAGUGCAGCGGUCUGAGUAUCACCUCUGGGAAGGCAAGAAGGAAGAACAGGACAUAGCCAAAAACAAACUCUCCAAGGUAGAUGCUGCAGGGGAUUAUAUGACUCCGUCCAAGCCCUGGGACUUGAACUCUGACAAGGAUAGUACAUCGUUCAUCCUUGGAGGGGUGUAUGGAGAGUUAAAAACACUAAGCGGUGAUAAGAAUUGGGCUGUUGUGCCACCAGGUGAUACCCAGGAAAACCUGCUACAAUGUGCCGCUGCAGCUGCCUCYGUGUCUGGCUCAGACAUGCUAACCAUCACUGGGAGAGAUGUGCUUAUGAACCCUGGCAGCUGCUUUGCCCCCGGACACAGGCCCCUGUGGAGGCCCCUCGUUUCCUUCGGGCAGAGCGACCAAGCCAGUAGAGGAGGUGGAGAUGGACUGAAUAAGGGAUUUUCUUUGAUCUUCCAUGAAGAUUUGCUUGGAUCUUGCGGAGGCUGGCAUCGCGAGGAGCAAAGCUUAAAAUAUCCCUUUGCAUCCUUUAACCUGAACAAUCCCUUCUCUCAAGUCCUCCAUGUAGAGUGUUCUUUUGAGCCCGAGGACAUGGCUUCUUUCAGUCCAGGAUUCAAGCCUAAAUCCAUCCUUUGCUCGGACUCUGAGAGUGAGGCCUUCCACUCACGAAUAUAUGGCCUCAACCGAACACAGUAUAGAGCCAUUCGCAUUUCCCCUAGGACUCAUUUCCGACCAAUAUCGACCUCCGAGUUGUCUCCCGGUGGAGUGAGCGAUUCGGAGGCCGAGACMGACAAAGAGGAGAUGAGUUUUCCUACGGCAGCACCGGUGGACGUCUUUGAUGAUCCUCAGGCAGACCUAAAACCUUUGGAGGAGGAUGCAGAAUGCGAGGGCCCUUAUUAUGGGAAGUCAGAACUGGAAUCUGGUAAAUUUUUACCCAGAUUAAAGAAGUCUGGCAUGGAGAAAAGUGCCCAGACCUCUUUGGAUUCACAGGAGGGUUCUAGCACCCUCCUGCCGAUCUCUGAGCAAGAGAGUUGCUUAAAUUGCGAAAUGGCAACGGCAGCAUCAAGCGCAGGUGAACAGACCGACGUCUGCGAGAUUCAAGCAGAGGAAACUUCAGGAGAAAAACGGUCCUGUUUAUGUUCACCAGCAAGUCAGAUCCCAAAGUAUGGGAUUGCCUAUGACUAUGUUGGCGAUGUGCCAGAGUUUCCUCUGUUAAAUCUAAGUGGGCAGGGUGGAACUGGUAACCAGCAAGAUGAGUGCUGGUGGCAGAAUGCAGUUUGUUCCCCACUUUUCCCUGGAUCUCAUUGUACAGGGAGCAGCAACAUUUGAAGUCUCCGGUUUUGCAGAGGACACCUGUCACAGAGAGGAAACCUCCCCGCUCUUGGGACUGGACCUCUACCAGCAUAGAUUCAGGGUCAUCUCAGAGCUGGCAAACCUAACGUAGGCUACUUUUCUGAGACACCUCUCYGAAACCCCAACACAUAACCCCUGUUGGUUUUUCAUUUACUAACUUCAAAACAACCUUGUGUAAUCAACAAUCAGAUCAACAAAAUAAGCAAAAGUAGAAAUACUUAAAAAACAACGACAAAAAAAACAUGUUCUGUCUGAGUGAUGCCAUAGUUCUUCUGCUCACCAAUCCUCUUCAGAACUCACAGUUAGCUUGUAGAGACAACAUUUUGUUCUGUUCUCAGCUUUUGUUCCCACCAUUUUGAGUUUGAACCAAGAUUUUGGUGGUUGGUGGCAUCCGAAUGGUUGUGCAUGUGUUCGUCCAGCCGGUCUCACACCGCUUCUUCUAGUUGAAACUGAUGUCGUGUGAAACGACUGCUACCGCAUCCUCUGCUUGGCCAUCUUCAGUUCAGAAAGACCUUUGUAGAGAGCUUUACUUUUUCAACCAUUCGAGAGUUGAAUUCAAAUAGUUUGUGUGGAUGAUUUUUCUGAAUGUGAAGUAGAGAAUGUGUGCAGCUUUCUUCUAAACAUCCAUAACUUCCCUGUGUGUGUGAAGUUUGUCUUUUUUUUCCUUUGGAAUGGUGAAAGUCUUUCAAAGCCUAGUUUAGAAAUAGUGUGGUUUGUGAGGCUAAAAUAAAACGUUUGAACAGAAAAAUAAUCAGUUUUGUAGGAAAAAUACCAAUCUUGUUUAAAAUGCAAAGCUGUAAAAGAUUGGGGUCAAAAAUUACAAAAAAAAAUGCUUUGAGGUAAAAACUCGAGACGGCACAACCAUUUCUCCAGACAGUUGUGUUGCAACUAAACAAAGCUUUGUUUUUUUUUGUUUUAUCAUUUCUAUGGUACAGACUAUUGGUGCUAUAAAUAUGUUCAGAAAUCGUUUGAAGUUGCAGUUCAGUAAUACAGCUAUAAUAAGUUGAUGGCAUAUUUUGUUGGCCAGGCAGACUCCAUAAAUAUAAUUUGAAAAAACAACAAAAAAAAGUUCUGGUUUAAUGUGGUUUGUUUUGUUUAUUUUAAGGUAACACCUUAUUUUGUUUGACCUCUAAUUGCUGAGGCAUAAAAUAUAUUUAAAGCCCAUUUUUCAAUGAAACUUUUCAGUUCAAAACCCCCCAAAAAAACAAAACAGACAAAACCACCAGACUGUCCACCGGGCAAACACGUAAACAAGAGCUGUGGGGCAAACAUCAAACCAAAUAAACCAUCAGUAAUUACUCUUAAGAUUUGUUUCAUAUGAGGUGUGUUUUUCUUUUUUUUUUUUCUUUGUUUUGCAAAAUAUCUUGUUAAAACAUUGAUUGUCUCACUGUUUUUAGUGUGGUGACAGAACUCGUGAAGACACUGGUUCAGAUUGUUUUUGAACUUUUAUCUCAAAUGUUUGACUCCAAUAAAUGGAAGCUGCCACUCCUGCAAAAUUUAAAAACACAGAACGAUAUGUCUAAAAAAAAUAUAGUUCGAACAACACAUUUUUUUACAUUAACGUUAUAUUUUACAGAUUUCUCACACAAAAUGUUUUCAUAAUAUUACAGCAUACAAACUUGUCACAAGUUAACACUUUUAGACAAUUUCAUCAAGAUAAAAAUUAGAUGGGAUUACAUUUUUGUUAUGUAUAUUAAUGUGAAAACAAUUUGUUGACAUGAAAAGUUUAUUGGUAAAGUUGUCAAAAAAUUUUCAAGUUAAUGGUAUAUUUUUAUGUACAUUCAUAUUUUCCACAUUAUUACAAUAUAUAUACACUUAUCUAUGAUGGCGUAUUUGGGAUGGUUUGCAGUUGAAAAAGAGGAGUAAAUCUCCAARAACUCAUUUUGAGAUUAAUUUAAGGAAUUUUCAAAGAAAAAAAAGGAAAUUCUGAGCUCAGUCGUAAAUUUGCACAAAGAAAACUCAUUUCCACGAUUAAAAACAAAAACGUGAUAUUUAAACUAGAGCUUUUCUGACAUUGUAAAGUCAGAAAUUUACAAUCAUGGAAAUUUUUGAAUUCUUUUCUUCACAAAUUUAUGACUUUUCUAGAAAAGAGAAUUUCCUAUUUUCCCUUAAAUUUCUGAAAUAAUCCCAUUUUUUUUCUUUUUUGCAAAUUUCUGACUUUUUGAGCUCAGAGAAUUUCCUUCCCCCUGAAAAAAUCCUAAAACUAAUCUCAAAAUUUCUGAUUUUUAUUUAUUUUUUGGCAGAGAUUUACUCUUUUUUUAAUUUUUCAUCCGCAAAAUGGCCCUAAUACACCGUUGUACUUAUCACAUUAAUUUGAACUUUUUAAAAAAAUUUGUCACUUUAGGAAAAGAUAAAAAUAAUCUUGCAUUACUGUUAUAACCCAAACAAGUUUAUAUGUUGUAAUAAUGCAAAAACAUUUUGUUCGAACAAAAGUAUUGCUCUAAUAACAUUUUCACAAUAUAUUGAGAUAAAUUAAUUUUAUUUUUUUUCUUUUCUUUUCUGGGGUGCCAGCAAUAUGUUUCUGUAUCUAUCGGACGUUCACAGGAACACAUACGCAUCCGAGCAGUGUCGUAAAUCUGAAAGAAACAAUUAGCUACAAAAUCUUUGAGCCAUGCUUUAGGAACCUUUAUCAGAAUUUUAUGUUUGAAAAGUCAAACUGAAUAGAAUCAUAAAUGCUUUGUGUUUCUCAAUAGCAUUAUUCUCCCACCCCCAAAAGAAAAAAAACUUAUUUUAAUCAGYCUAAAAAGAUAGUUGAAGUGCAGGUUUAUUGUCACAAAUAGAAGGAAAGUAAAGCACAGAUAUUUAAACUCCUCCCUUUAGCGAUGAAGUGAAAGUGUGUUUGCUGUCGCGUGCUGUCCCUGGUGAAGGCAUAUAGUUUGAGCAUGGCUUUGGGAAAUGGCUUCUGCUUUAACAAAGUUUGUUUAAGCCUAAGAUUUGUUUGUAGGUCAAAAAAAUAAAAGUAUAGAACAAAAAAAAAAAACUUGCGCAGCUUCAGGAUCUUGUCUCCCCCCCUCACCCCCAUUUUCUUUGACAGUCAGAUACUCAGGAAUUUUUUAAUACACGCAUACACUCAGACCUGUGACAUUGUAUUGAUGCAUUAAUGUACUUUUCUUUUUUUUCUUUUUAAUUGUUGACAGGAGUUUAUUUCAAGGCAAAUCAGAUGUGGCUGACAUUAAUGUAGAGCUUUAGUUUAAAUAAAAAUAAAACUGAAAAAAGAAGCCAUUGUUGGAUUGCAUAAGCAGUGUGGAGGGACGUUCCCUGAGUUCUAUGCAACACCUUGGCACAUGUAAACAUUGGAGAGGAAAAGGAGACACAUGCAGGUAUUUUUGCAUGCGGGUUACUUUUUGAGCGAGGGACAACCGAGAAAAAAAAAAAAAWAAAACUUUUGGAAUGUUUCUGAGAAAUAAAGCAUGCAAAAACAUCACACUCCCAUCUUUUUAAGUUGAACACAUUUUAGUUAAAAAAAAAACAUUGAGGUGAAAUCAGUGAGAGAAUGCUCUGUGUUUGUGUACAAGAAACAUUUACAUGGGAUGGAUCCCAUCUUUCUCUUCCCGUUUUGAUAGGUUCUGUUUUAAAACAAGGACAGAAAAACAAAAUGUUCGACAGGAAAAUGUGUUCAAGGAAUAAAAAGGGUUGCUGAGUUUCUAAAGAACAUAACCAGCAGUGAAAACACGAGUUUUCCUGGUCCUUUUUUCAUUCCUCCUCCCCUUCCCCUCCUCCUUUAUGUUCCUGAAUCCCAUCUGUCCCGAGUAGAUGUGUUCUGAUUUCAUGUACACCCUGAGUAAAUUAUUUUGUUUCAUUGUGGAUUUUCUUAACAUCUAAUAAAGGAAUAAAUCAAACCUUAAA